UUACAUCGGUACAGAAAUCGGCCAUAUUUGUUGUUAGUUGAGAGCAGAACCAGCCAUCUAAUUAUUGUUGACAUUUAGCGCAAGAAAAUGAAGUGGGAAUAUAAAGAAGAGCAUCCGUUUGAGAAAAGGAGAGCCGAGGGAGAGAAAAUCAGAAAGAAGUAUCCUGAUCGAGUUCCCGUCAUUGUUGAAAAAGCACCAAAGGCAAGAGUUGGUGAUUUAGAUAAAAAGAAAUAUCUGGUACCAUCAGAUUUGACUGUUGGACAGUUUUAUUUCCUUAUUAGAAAGCGGAUACACCUGAGGCCAGAAGAUGCCCUUUUCUUCUUUGUAAACAAUGUGAUUCCUCCAACAAGUGCAACAAUGGGAUCAUUGUACCAGGAACAUCAUGAGGAGGACUUUUUUCUGUACAUUGCUUACAGUGAUGAGAGUGUGUAUGGCCAGUGAGACUCCUUCAUAUGAAGUGACAAGGAUGUGUAUGGUUAGUGAUUUCAUCACAAUCUGCACAUAAUUGAAGACCACACCUGGGGAACGUUUCAUUGCUUUUACUACAAACUGGUGAUCUUAAUUUUGCAUGUUAUCAUUAUUGUACUCAAAAUACAGACAACAUUGCGUACAGUUUUGUUAAAAGGGAGAGAAUGUGAUUUUAAACUUUAAACUAACAGAUGGGGCCAGAUUUUACUUUGAAAAAAUCUGCCUUUUUACUGAAUUUUUUUUUUUUGGCAGAGUGCUAUUUUAACCUGAUAAUCUUCACAGGGCUAUUAUCACAAUAUGGGAAAUUUUUGCACCUCUCAUCUCAGUAAACGUUAAUUAUUUUGGUGCACAGUUUUAGGGAAAAAAACUUGUUCCCUCAAAUUCUGCUUGGAUUGCAUCUACAAGAAAUUGUUUGUCAAGAAAAAAUUUCACAAUUACAUAUCAAAAUUGUAACCAACUGUCAAGAAAUUCUGGUACUUUUGUUUUGAUUAAAAAUAAUCAUCAUUAAAAAAAGAGAUACAUUUGUAGAUAUAUGAUUGCAAUGUAAAAUGUCAUGUAUGGUUAAGUAUGUGUAAAAGUGUGAGUAAAUGUUGACACGUAGUUCAAAGGUCAAAGGUUAGCUAUUUCUGCAUUUGUAUCUAUACUGACCAUUUGUGGCAUAUAGGGAUUUGCAAAGCUAGGGACUGAUGUUUGUUUUAUUUUCAUGAUUAUUAUUUUAUUUAAUGUUGUACCCACUUUUAUGUUGUUUUCACCCAUCUGUUUAUUGACUAUGUAUUGACGGAGCAUGUAAGAAGAUUUGUAUCUGUAUAACAUCAGAUAUUAAGAAAACAAAAGUUUGGAGAGGGAUGGGGGUUGCUGAUGUUAAUUGGAUGAAAAAAAAAUUAAUUUGGUAUUACUAUACUCAGUUUGUAAUAAAAUAUUGAUAAAGACUCCUUGGAAGCGAAAGUUUUAUUUUUCAUGCGAGAUGUUGUACAUAUUUAUUCAAUUUUGCCACAAGUUUCAAAGUCAUGCUUUGUCUACUUCUUAUACACUUAAUAAUGUAUAAAACAGAUUGUUGUGUACGUUUAAAUGUGUCUUUCAAAAGAAUACACCGUUAUUUUUACCUUUUGUUACAAACUAUAUCUAUAAUUAAACAGAAACAGUUGUUUCUUGAUAAGGGUUUAUAUUUUCCGCUUGUAUUAUUGGUGUUACACAGAAAUUGCUUACAUGAUAAAAACACUUCAGAUAUUGAUGUUUAGGAAUUUUUAGCUUUAAAGAAAAAGAAAUUGUUUAUAUUUUAAUAGGUGCUGUAUUCUGUAGAGAGAUUUAUUUCAUUUUUUUUUCUGAUGCACAGUUUAUGUCUGGGUCGCUGCAGAUUAUUUGAAAGUUUCCAAAGAUAGGCUUAUUCACGUCUUGAUCUGUUGAUACGGUUGUUCUACUUUGUUCAUACAAUGUUAAUAUUCCUUCACUUUCAUACUGAGAAAAGUGUACCAAAACCUCACCAUAUUUUGUUUUAAGGUUUGUGUGGUGAAGUGGUUGAUAGGAUUAAAUAUUGAUGUCACCUGACAACCUGGUUUGGUUGGUGUUUGUGAAACCUUGAUAAUAAUGUUAAUGUAUACAAAACUUCUUUAUGUAGAGAACAUGUAGUAACAGUCUGUCUAUUUAAUGGAAAUUUUGUUCUCAUAUUAGUUCAUCUCUGUUAUAUAUUUGGUUUCACCCCGAAACAUGUUUUAUCAAAUUGAAAAUAAAGGUAAAAUAUUGUUAA